AUAUGCCGUGGAAAAUCUCAAAUUACAUAAAGGAUUUUCUAAAUAUGUAUUUUAUAUGGAGGGUGUUUUCGUUCUAAAUUAUUAAAAAUUUUUCGUUUUCCAACACUUUAAUUUUAUAUAUGUGAAGAUUUGACAUUUCAGAAUUCACAAACUAGUAGAAAUUGCAAAAAUGGAAUUAUCGAAUAAAUUAAAAGAACAAGGCUGGCACUUCACCGAAAAUGGCAUUAAAAAACUUACGACGACUGCAGGCAAUGAUGAGAGAAAAAUCAUUUCUACUGCAAUGGAUAUGGACUUUCGUGAUAUUGCAGGUGGUGCUCUACCAAGCAAACGUGAAGAAACGAUACCUGGACGAAUUGUACUACAAUUGCAAAAAACACGAAAUAUAUCUGCGCCCAAAUCAAACGAAGAGUCUAAGGCUGCACCAAAAUUUUUACAGUUAGAUUUAAGUGAUGGACAGACCACAAUAAGAGCAUUGGAAUUAGAACCUGUUCCUGUCUUAAGUCUCGACGUACCUCCAGGAACAAAAAUAUUUUUUAAAGCUGAGCGGUUACAGUUGAUGCAGGGCUAUUUAGUGUUGCGCCCAACUGAAUUACAAAUCUUAGGUGGCAAAGUGGAAGCACUAGUAAAAAAAUGGGAAUUUGCACGUACCACACAACUGUAUGCACGAAUGGGACACAGGCAAAUGAACAGUUCAUCUGGUGGUCCGCCACCGUGGAUACCAUUUGGGCAAAAAAUGGAAAAUAAAGAUGCUUUAACUACCGAUCGCAACUUUAAAAGUUUACAAGCUGCAACUGAGAAAGAUAAAGAUAGUAAAGAAAAUGAAGAGUUCAACACAAUGCGUAGCGAGGCUAUUGCAGAAGCCACAAAAGCAGGAUCUAAAAAGAUAUUUGGUGGUGGUGGUCAACAAAUACUUGAUCACAAUGUAAAAAAAAUAUUAGAGAAAGGCUAUACAGACGAUGAAGCAAAGCAGGCUUUGCGCGCCACAAAUAAUAAUUUAGAACGUGCAUUAUAUAAUCUGAAACGUCGACGAGAGUCUAAUUCAUCAAGAAGUACGCAAGGAGCUACAUCAGCUCCAAAUAAAGGGGGCCGCAAUAGUAUACCUAGAGAAACAGGAAAUAAACGUGGUGCAGCAACCGCAAAAGAGGAAGCAGCUGCUGCAAAACCAGCAGGAAAUGUAUCACUUUUCGACUUUUUAACUGAAAAAUUACCUGCGAACUCCGAUAUAACAACAGCUAAUACAACUAAAUCCACUGUUCCCUCUACCAAUGUAUCACAAUCAAAUCAAAAUGCACCCAGUACAAGUGCUAAUAGUAAAUUUAUAAAAUCAAAACCGGACGCGGGAAAAUUGCCAUAUAAUGCCUCAAAUAAGCAAAAUGAACCAAACUCAACACGACCCAAAUUUGAAAAUAAUAUUUCAUCAAGCUUUGCUGCAAAUCGUACGAGUACGAGCUCCCAGCAAAAUGAACGUGAUUCAAGAGACAGUAGAGAUGAGCGAGGAAGGUACUCAAACACUCGAGGAGGUGGUAAAAGUGGCAGAGGAGGAUAUAACAACUCUUCAUAUAAACCAAACAAUAAAACUUAUGAAGACGAUUCCAGAACUAAACCUGAAAAUGAUUACUACUCUCAACGAGGUGGUGGUGGUGCCAGUGGUGGAAACUACAAUGCAAAUAAUCGUAAUAAUCGUAACUCUUAUGAACGAUCCCAACCACCUGCACGUAACAACACGAACAGUAAUACAAAUAAGGAUCGAAACACACACGAAGAGACGUUCAAUAAGUUUGAAAACAAACGGAAUAAUAAUCAAAAUAAUCAAAAAUCAAAUAGAGCAAAUGACCGAUAUGGAAAUACAAGUGAUAAAAAUUAUGACAGAAAUCGAUAUAAUCAAAGUGACAACAGUAGAACGCAAGAAGGAGCAAAUCGUUCACAAAACAAUUAUAACAGUUCAGCUAAAACUGCAACAACGCAAGCAACAACAAACGCAGAAGCGACAACAACAAUGCCAAAAUCAACUUCUAACAUUAGUAAAAAUGGCAAUAAUAAUUCUGGUAAUAACAGCGAUUUCAACUCUAAUAUGAAUAAAUUAGUAGAUGCGACUGCUAAAAUAAAAAUUGACAAAAGUCGUGAACAGGGAAAAACUCAAUCACAGCAAUCAGUACCACCGCAUCAACAACAUAAUAAACAUCAACAUAAUUCUCAAAAUUUCUCACAGCAACAGCAAACAUAUAAUCCAUCUACAGGACAGUCACAACAAAAUCAUCAACAACAACAACAGCAACAACAACCUCAAACAGUUAUAUCGCAUUUUGUGCCAGCUCAAUAUGUGCAGCAACCAAUUCCAACAAGUUCUCCAAACCAGAAUGCCGGAAACUAUACUCAAUUGCCAUAUGAUCCUAGUAAAAUUAUUGGUUUUCAAAAUAAGCAAGCAAAUGAUUUUGCUAUGUCAUUGCUGAAGAGUCAAGGUUUACCCAAUAAUAUACCAAAUGCUCCACAGCCACAUCAACAACAACAACAAACAGUGGUACCGCCAAUGCAACCACCGUCACCAUUUGCUGCCAAUACUUUUGUUGUGCCGAAUCCACAAACUAAUAUGCCACCAACACCGCAAGCAACUGCUACGCAAUUUGGCAUGGUACCUGGAGACUCAUGGCUAUGGAAAAUAGGUGAUCUCUGUAUGGCAAAAUAUUGGGAUGAUGGAAGGUAUUAUGAAGCGGAAAUAACUGCAGUCUCCAAUAAAACCUGCGUCGUAUUUUUCCUCGGCUAUGGUAAUCACGAAGAGGUCUUGAAAAGUGAUUGUUUGCCAAUAACUGAUGUAAACAAUCGACCCAUUAAUAGUUACAAUCCAAUGCUGCAACAACAACACCAAACGAUAAAUAUAGCACCAGUACCAGCGGGAGCAGCACCCCCGCCUAUACCAACUUCGCAGAGGUAUCGUUACGAGCGGCAGAUGUAUGUGCCACCACAUAAACGGAAAAACUGACCAACGGACUUAGUGACGUUAUCGCUUCAACAACAGCAACAAUCACAACAGCAACAACCACAACAGACAACAAUGCUAAAUCCGCCACAACAUUUUCAGAACCUCAAUUUUGAAUACUGAGUUUGGAGAUGUUCCAAAUUAUUUUUGUCGAAAAUGUAAAAUGAAAAAUAAUUCUAUUGUAUGUAGCCACCUACUAUUAUUAUA